AUGUUGCGAAGAGCUGCAACCAAUGCAUAUUCAUGGUGGUGGGUUAGCCACAUUAGAACAAAACAAUCAAAAUGGCUCGACCAAAGCCUCCAAGAUAUGGAGGAGAUAGUAGCUGAAACGCUCAAAAUCAUCGAUGAUAGCGGCGACUCGUUUGCCCAAAGGGCUGAAAUGUACUACAGAAAAAGACCAGAACUGAUCAAUUUUGUGGAAGAAGCCUUUAGAGCAUAUAGAGCAUUAGCAGAGAAAUAUGAUCAUUUGUCAAAGGAACUCCAAAGCGCGAAUCGCACAAUUGCCACUGUCUUCCCGGAACAAGUCCAUUACAGAAUAGACGAAGAAGAAUUCGAGGACGCAGAAAGCGGUUUCUAUGAAACAAUUUCAUCAUCUCCUAACACUAAUAACCAAACAGAAAAACAAUGUAACAUCCCUAAACCUCCGAGUAUCCCGAAGAAAGUUUUUCGAAGUCAGUCUAUGCUGCUCUCACGAAAAGGAACAAUUAAAAGGAGUUUAAGCACCGCAAAAUCUGUUUCAAAUUUACCAGUUCAAAGUUCAGGUUUGAGUGAGGUUGAAGCAUUAGCCGAAAUAGACAAGCUUCAGAAAGAUAUUUUGGCUAUGCAGACUGAGAAAGAGUUUGUAAGGAGUUCGUAUGAACAUUCCUAUGAAAAGUAUUGGGAAAUCGAAGACAAAAUUACCGGAAUGCAAAAAAGAGUUUACGCCUUGCAAGAUGAAUUCAGCAUUAGUACCGUCAUUGAAGAUAACGAAGCACGGGCUUUAAUGGCCGCCACAGCUUUAAAUUCAUGUAAAGAAACUCUGAAUAAGUUGAAAGAAGUACAAUCACAAUCAUCCGAAGAAGCUAGAGAAGCAUACCAAAAAGUUAAGGAAGCACAUUACAAAUUUGAAAACCUUAGAGGUAACUUCAUUUCCAAGCAAACAAAUCCGCAAGACGAAGAAACAGAUUCAAAAAGAAAAGAUGAAGAAGAGAUAGUACUUAGCUUGGAAGAAGAUACACUUGAGCAUGAUAUAGGGAUGUUGCAAGAACGGAUUAAGGAAAAGCUCGAGGAGGAAGAUUCCGGAAACUCGCUUACGAUGAAGAAAGUUGCAAAGAUGAUUGAUGAGCUUGUAAGUAAGGUAGUAACUUUUGAAACAAAAGUUAAUUCUCAUAAUGGAUUGGUAAAGAGAUUGAUAUCAGAAGCUGAUGAACUUCAAACAAAUGUACAAACCUUAGAAGAGGAUAACGAAGUGCUUAUUGAAGAUUCGGAAAACAGUAACAAGAGGAUGAAAGAAUUGGAAGAUGAAUUGAAGAGAGUUAAAACUCUCAACCAAAGUGUCAAAAGCCAAGAUAGUAAUCUCCAAACACAUUUUCACGAAGCUAGUUUUAAUCUCGAGCAUCUUUCCGGUAGAUUGAAAAAUGUGAAGCUCGACGAGGAAGAGGAGAAUUCGGUACUUAACAAGAACACAAGUUUUUCUGAUGGAAAACUAAGUGAUGAUUUAGAAAUCGUGAAUGAUGUCAUGAUAACAAAUGCGGAGAAGGAAGAUCAUGAUGCAAAUAUUGAUGAAGUCGUAAACAAAGAUGAUAAGACUGAAGAGAUGCCGGAGCUAACAGGGCAGGAUAAGGAUGGUUUGUCUGAGACCACGAGUAACGUUGAAGUCAAACCACUUGAUUUGGAACCUGAAGAGGAAAAAGAUCAAACUAACUUGAAUCAGAUGCUUGUAAAUGGAUCAGAUGACAGAGAAAAGAUUAUGAUGGAAGAGUACACAUCAGUUUUGAAGAACUAUAACGAUGUAUCAGACAAGCUCAACAACGUGGAAAACAAAAAUCGGAACAGCAUUUUCGAAUUGUCACUUCAGGUAAGGGAAUUAAAGAAUGCAGUUGCCACUAAGGAUGAAGAGAUACACAUUUUAAAUAAGAAGUUAACAUCUUCAGAACCAAAUUCGGAUGAAAGUCCUCGCACCACUCUAUCUGAAGAAGCGCCUCUUGGAAACGCGGAUCAAGGAGAUAACACGCAGGGUCCUGAAACUCUAUCUUCAGAUAUAGCUAGCACUUCUGUUGAAGAGCAACAGCAAGCCGUUGAAAACACGGGAGACAUCGAAGAGUCGUCUGUUGGAAGAACAAGAUUAAUUAUUGUGAGAGAAAAACAUAUUGACAAGCCACAUUCUCUUUCACCUUUAGAAAGGAAACUUCGUUUGGCAAUCGAUGAUUUACUCGAGGAGAAUUUAGAGUUUUGGUUAAGGUUCAGCACUUCGGUUCAUCAGGUUCAACAGUUCCAAAAAUCUUUACUAGACUUAAAAGCAGAACUAAGAAAAACAAAGUAUAAUAACUUUUUCUCGGAAAGCAAGAUUUCGUCAAAAGUUAUACAAUCAGAAAUAAAACCAAUAUUUAUGCAUUUGAGAGAAAUAAGAACCGAGUUAUCACUGUGGCUAGAACACAAUGAAGUGUUGCAGGAUGAUUUACAAGCUAGACAUCCAUCAUUGUGCAGCUUACAAGAUGAAAUAGCAAGUGCAGCGAAUCCAGAUUCGGCGUCGUCGAAGAGAGUUGAACUAAGCGAGUAUCAAGCUGCAAAGUUUCAAGGCGAAGUUCUCAACAUGAAACAAGAGAGCAACAAGGUUUCUAGUGAACUACAAGAAGGUUUGAGUUAUGUAAGUGGACUUAAAUAUGAAGUUGAGAAAAUACUUGAAGAAUUGAGUCAAAUAAUGGGAGUUAACAAUCCUGAUCACAUGAAACGUUCAUCGAGUCGCGCUAAAUUACCUUUGAAGUCUUUCUUGUUUGGAAUCAAGUUGAGGAAACAAAAACAAUCAAUGUUUGCAUGUGUUAAUCCAACACUGCAGAGACAAUACAGUGAUAUUACAGCAGCCAAUGAUGCACCAAUAUAG